UCGCACCCGCCCCCUCCCGCGCGGUGGCGGCAGCGGCGGCGCCGGGAGCUGCCCCUGAGGCCGCCGCCCGGCCCCCGCCCGCGCGUCAGCGCCCAGCCCGGGGCGCCGAGCUCCGCCCGCGCCGGAGGCCCCUGCGCGCAGCUCGGAGCGCGGCAGCCGGGCCGGCCGAGGCGGCGCGGGGGUGGGACGCGGGCGGCGCAGCCCCGGCCGGGCGCGCUCGGCGGGCGCCCCGCGAGCCGGCCCGAUGUGGCGGGAGGCGAUGCGGCGCCGCCGCUACCUGCGGGACCGCGCCGAGGCGGCGGCUGCGGCGGCGGCGGCGGCGGCGGGCGGCGGCGACGGGCUGCAGCGGUCCCGGGACUGGCUGUACGAGUCCUACUACUGCAUGAGCCAGCAGCACCCGCUCAUCGUCUUCCUGCUGCUCAUCGUCAUGGGCGCCUGCCUCGCCCUGCUCGCCGUCUUCUUCGCGCUCCGGCUGGAAGUCGAAGACCACGUGGCGUUUUUAAUAACAGUCCCAACUGCCCUGGCGAUCUUCUUUGCGAUAUUCAUCCUCGUGUGCAUCGAGUCCGUGUUUAAGAAGCUGCUACGCCUUUUCUCUUUGGUGAUAUGGAUGUGUCUGGUGGCCAUGGGGUACUUGUUCAUGUGCUUUGGAGGCACCGUCUCCCCCUGGGACCAGGUGUCCUUCUUCCUCUUCAUUAUCUUCGUGGUAUACACCAUGCUCCCCUUCAACAUGCGAGACGCCAUCAUCGCCAGCGUGCUCACGGCCUCCUCCCACACCGUCGUGCUGAGCAUCUGCCUGUCCGCAGCGCCCGGGGCCAAGGAGCACCUGGUCUGGCAGAUCCUGGCCAACGUGAUCAUUUUCAUCUGUGGGAACCUGGCGGGAGCGUACCACAAGCACCUCAUGGAACUUGCUCUGCAGCAGACGUACCAGGACACGUGCAAUUGCAUCAAGUCCCGGAUCAAGCUGGAAUUUGAAAAGCGUCAGCAGGAGCGUCUCCUGCUGUCUCUUUUGCCGGCUCACAUAGCCAUGGAGAUGAAAGCUGAGAUCAUCCAGAGGCUGCAGGGCCCCAAAGCCGGCCAAAUGGAAAACACAAACAACUUUCACAACCUGUAUGUUAAGCGACACACCAACGUGAGUAUCCUGUACGCAGACAUCGUUGGCUUCACCCGGUUGGCCAGUGACUGCUCCCCAGGAGAGCUGGUCCACAUGCUGAACGAGCUCUUUGGAAAGUUCGAUCAAAUUGCAAAGGAGAAUGAGUGCAUGAGAAUAAAAAUUUUGGGAGACUGCUACUACUGCGUGUCCGGACUCCCCAUAUCUCUCCCGAACCAUGCCAAGAAUUGUGUGAAAAUGGGACUGGAUAUGUGUGAAGCCAUAAAGAAAGUGAGGGACGCCACCGGCGUGGAUAUCAACAUGCGCGUCGGAGUGCAUUCUGGGAACGUCCUCUGCGGCGUGAUCGGUCUGCAGAAGUGGCAGUAUGACGUGUGGUCACAUGACGUUACCUUAGCCAAUCACAUGGAAGCCGGAGGGGUUCCUGGACGUGUUCACAUUUCUUCUGUCACCUUGGAACACUUGAAUGGCGCUUAUAAAGUGGAGGAAGGAGAUGGUGACAUCAGAGACCCAUAUUUAAAACAGCACCUGGUGAAAACCUACUUUGUAAUCAACCCCAAGGGGGAACGACGGAGUCCUCACCUCUUCAGACCUCGCCACACCCUCGAUGGAGCCAAGAUGAGGGCUUCCGUCCGCAUGACCCGGUACCUGGAGUCCUGGGGAGCAGCCAAGCCCUUUGCACACCUGCAUCACCGAGAUAGCAUGACCACGGAGAACGGCAAGAUCAGCACCACGGAUGUGCCAAUGGGUCAGCAUAAUUUUCAAAACCGUACCUUAAGAACCAAGUCGCAAAAGAAGAGAUUUGAGGAAGAAUUAAAUGAAAGGAUGAUUCAAGCAAUUGAUGGAAUUAAUGCCCAAAAGCAGUGGCUCAAGUCUGAAGACAUUCAGAGAAUCUCGCUCCUGUUCUACAAUAAAAUACUAGAAAAAGAAUACCGAGCCACCGCACUGCCAGCGUUCAAGUAUUACGUGACCUGCGCGUGUCUCAUAUUGUUCUGCAUUUUUAUCGUGCAGAUUCUGGUAUUACCCAAGACGUCCAUUCUCGGGAUCUCCUUUGGAGCCGCGUUUCUCUUGCUUGCCUGUAUCCUUUUCGUCUGCUUUGCUGGACAGCUUUUGCAAUGCAGCAAGAAGGCCUCCGCCUCUCUCCUGUGGCUACUGAAGUCGUCCAGCAUCAUCGCGGACCGGCCCUGGCCGCGGGUCUCCCUCACGGUCCUCACCACCGCCAUCAUCCUGACCAUGGCCGUGUUCAACAUGUUUUUCCUGAGCGACCCAGAGGAAGCCAUCCCUCCGACUGCCAACACAUCAAACACAAGUCUUUCUGCCUUAAACAAUCAGGCAGUGAUUCUGCGUGCACAGAAUUUGUUUUUCCUCCCGUACUUUAUCUACAGCUGCAUUCUGGGACUGAUUUCCUGCUCGGUUUUCCUGCGGGUGAAUUACGAGUUGAAAAUGCUGAUCAUGAUGGCGGCGUUGGUAGGCUACAACACCAUCCUUCUCCACACUCACGCCCACGUCCUGGACGACUACAGCCAGGUCUUAUUUGAGAGACCAGGCAUUUGGAAAGACCUGAAGACCAUGGGCUCAGUGUCUCUCUUUAUAUUUUUCAUCACACUGCUUGUUCUGGGUAGACAGAAUGAAUAUUACUGUAGGUUAGACUUCUUGUGGAAGAACAAGUUCAAAAAAGAGCGGGAGGAGAUAGAAACCAUGGAGAACCUGAACCGCGUGCUGCUGGAGAACGUGCUGCCCGCGCACGUGGCCGAACAUUUCCUGGCCCGGAGCCUGAAGAACGAGGAGUUGUACCACCAGUCCUACGACUGUGUCUGUGUCAUGUUUGCUUCCAUUCCGGAUUUCAAGGAAUUCUACACAGAAUCGGAUGUGAACAAGGAGGGAUUGGAAUGCCUUCGGCUCCUGAACGAGAUCAUCGCCGACUUUGAUGAUCUGCUGUCCAAGCCGAAAUUCAGUGGAGUUGAAAAGAUCAAGACCAUCGGCAGCACGUAUAUGGCCGCGACCGGUCUGAGCGCCGUGCCCAGCCAGGAGCAUACCCAGGAGCCCGAGAGGCAGUACAUGCAUAUCGGCACCAUGGUGGAGUUUGCCUUUGCCCUGGUGGGGAAGCUGGACGCUAUCAACAAACACUCCUUCAAUGACUUCAAGCUGCGAGUGGGUAUUAACCAUGGGCCUGUAAUAGCCGGUGUGAUUGGAGCUCAGAAGCCACAAUACGAUAUCUGGGGCAACACCGUGAAUGUGGCCAGCAGGAUGGACAGCACCGGCGUGCUGGACAAAAUACAGGUCACUGAGGAGACAAGCCUCAUCCUCCAGACCCUGGGGUACACGUGCACAUGUCGAGGAAUAAUCAACGUGAAAGGCAAGGGGGAGCUGAAGACGUACUUUGUAAACACAGAAAUGUCAAGGUCCCUUUCCCAGAGCAACGUGGCAUCCUGAGGGGCUGCCUCCACUUCGGCAAGACGACUGUACUUUCGGGAAGGUACGAUGCACUUUCUGACCGCGAGCUUUGUCUCUCGUUUCUGGUGUGCGUGCUCUGUUGUGUCCUAUGGAGCCUUUUCAGACUCGUUCCUCUGACCUGGUGGCAUACCAUUUGGUGUCUGACGUGUCCCAAGAUCGCUCUGCCACUCGCACUGUGCUUACUCCUAAGCAGAAGGAAAAGGAGUGUGUGUUAUGGGAGAAAUGCGCUCAGAGAAUUCACAAAGAUGACAGAGGUGAAAUAAACAAAAAUUCUUAAGGCAAUAAAACUAGGGGGUGUAUAUUAUCUUCCAGUGCAUGUUUUUGUUUUUUUGUUUUUUUUUUCCUGGAAAAUAUGGUAGCUGGCCAACCGCAUCCGCUAGUCCGAUAUUACAACACACAGUAUUUGUGAAUAAUUGAUUCCGUCGCCCCACAUGGAAGUUGACUGUGUUCACCCAGUGUAUCUCAUUGCCGGCGGCCGUCCACGGGACCCACGGUCCUGUCGCCUUGCUCUGUCGUGUCUCGGGCCAGAGGCGUGCAGCCACCCAUCACCAGAAUUAGUUCUCAUGACCUAGGACCAGUUUUGUACCAAACGCGUCCGACGUUUUGAUGCCAUUGUCUUUUGUAAGGUUGAUUCAUUAAAAGUUUUACGUACUUUG